ACCAAAUUUUAAAAGGUUCGGCUAAAAUCUUUGCUGACCAAGCCAAAUUUACGGCUACUUUAAGAGAUAAAUUAUCAAAAGAAAAGUCCGCUACUGGAAUUAGCAUAGAAUAUAACCGUCAUUUAGAAAAAGAUAUUAAAAGAUUGGAUGAGGAAAAACAAGAAUUAGAAACUAGAAUUAAAGAAUUAGAAAACUUAGAUGAAGACAGUAAAGAAUUAAGAGACCAAGAAUUAGCCGAGUUAAGAACCAAAUUAGACACUUUGGCUAAAUCAUUCCAAGAGGCACAAGAUAUUGACCAACAAGUUUAUGAUAUUUUAGGACAACAUUCUAAUCAAAUUGGUUUAUUCUUGCGUUCCCAAGAAGUUAUUCAAAAAAUUAACACUCUGAUUGCUGAAAAGGAUAGUAGGCCAAAUAUCACCCUAGACCAAUGA